GUAUCCGUCAGCAACUCUACACAAGUUUCAGCACUGUCAGCUUCAUGCCCAUGGCCUACAACAGUCCCCCAAACCCUCCCGCGAUGCAGACCUGGGCUGAACGCGACAUUGUCGCUCUUGAUCGCUUGCCUGAGCCCGUACGCUGCAGAAUCUUCGAGAUUGUCCUUCGAGUGCGGCACCCAUUGUACCUUUUCCAGGACUCACCGACACGGGUCGAGCUAUUUGCGCCCGAGAAACCCAGGAAUUGGCAUGGACUGCUGCGCAUCAACAAGCGACUGGGUCUCGAGGCUAGCGCCGUGCUCUACAGCAAGAACACCUUCAUUCUCACCGUCACGUCGCCGCGAGAGGCAGAUCUCCUUGAGACCUUUCUGCGCUGCAUAGGGCCGAAAAAUGCAAGUUUUCUGGAGCACCUGUGCAUCAGCUUUCCGGCGGUCGAGCUUUAUCAGAGUGACGAACCUCAAGCGGACUCUUUCCGACUGCGACAGGAUAGUGCUCGAGUCUUUGCAUUAUUGAAAGACCAGUGUACCAGUUUGUCGACGCUGGAACUCUGCGUUCAUAGCAAGAACUGUGAUGGAAUGACAAGCACUAGUCCCGGACAGCGCCAGCACAUCCCAGAAAUGCUGUCGUAUGUGGAACGACACUUCCGAGAAAUGCAAAUGCUAGGAAGGAUCAUCAUCAAGAUUUCGAGCGGAGACCUGCUGCCCGAGACAGUAGAUGCGAUGAGAGGACAUGGCUGGGUAAUCGCGCCUGGGAGAGGGCACUAAUGCUGGUAACACUUUGGAAGCCAUCGUUAGUUUCCAUAACAUUGGC